UUGCAAUAUGUGCACUUGUACUAAUUGCCAAAAUUUUAACUGCAAGCAUUCUUUCACAACUAAACAUAUUUAGUUAUUCACAUCACCGCUUAUUCCGUCUUAUGUUAUUGUUUGCCGUUAUAUUUCCAAAUGCAGUCUUAUUGAAGUACACAGACGACCUUGAGCUGCGACGAAGUUUCUACUUAUAGGACGACCUAUGAUAAUUCAUUUAAAUCCCACUGAUCAGUAGUUUUAGCAUAAAGAAUCAGUCAUUGUACAUGAAUUAUUGUUAUUCUCAUGAAAAGUCAACACCACCUAAAAGGAUUUUGGAAAUCACGUCUGCUUUUUCAGGAGUCUUAUAAACCAAUUAUUGGGCGAAUCACCAGUGUAGUAAUUUAGAAUUAUUAUAAACCGCAAGCAAUUUAAUAUCUACCAUCCUGUUACUUCACCAGUGUUACGCAGCUAUGUCAGAUUCAGAUUCAACUUUACCAGCCACAGACGACUUUGGGUCAAGGUUCUUAGAAUUUGAUGAAUACUCUUUCGAGCAGACUGAUAAUACAGAAAGUGAUGCUUUUUCUGCGUUUCUACAUCAAUUUCGCCCCGUUGCCGAACAAAAGGUUUCGUUUCUCGAUGAGCGGUUGCUUGCAACAAAUAGUGGACGUAAGAAAUACAUAAACCUUGCUCUUGAAGAUGACCAGGAUUCUAAUACCAGUGACAAUUUGAAGGCCGGGGCCAGCUCUGGCAACAAUUCUGAAGAUGAUGAAAUGGAAUAUAAACCUCCAAAGUUGUUAACUGCACGACAGAUAAGUUUACAAUCACAGAAAACUGCUGUUCCAACUGAUAUUAAGAAAAUGAAGCAGUCUACAGCUCAUUCCAGACUAAUUAGUCUAGAAUCCUUGAAUUCAACUAAACCAACUCCAACUUUAACACCGGAACAAAUUGCCGUCCGGCAAAAAAGAAUAGCUCACCGCAGAGAAUCAGCUAAGCACAAAGCGGAAAUGGAAAAGCUCCAAACAGUGGAACGUUUGCUCAAGAUUAAUGCAAAUGUUAUUGGGCGACGUGGUCGAGGUCGAGGUAGAGGUCUUCGGAAUAAUGGUUUGGCACACUGUGAUCAGAUCUCAUCUCAAACGCGUUCACAGUUUGGUGUUUUAAAGUAUGAGGGGGAUUUAGUUGAAAAGGAGUAUCUCAAUGACACGCAUGCUUCAUUACGACCCAGUGAAGGUAAUUGCAUGAAUACCGAUUUUGUGGACAAUGCUUAUGAAAAUACGAAAUUGUCUGAUAAUAACAUUUCUGCUAGUUUGCCAAAUGUUCAAUCAUAUAAUCCCAAACCAGGAUACAUCCGCUUUGUAUCUUCAUCUCGUUUAUCAACACAAACAGUCAUCUGUUUACCUGAGACAGAUAAUAAUAGUGACAAGGAUAUUUAUUUGCACACAAAUGUUUGCAUACAAAAAGUCGAAGCUCCUGAAAUACCUAAAUCACGUCUAUGCGACAUGGGUUGCGGUUGUGCUAGGCGCUAUGAAUGUGCUAAAACAGGCCGCUCCUUAUGUAGUUUAUCCUGUUAUAAAGCUAAUUUGUCAGGAUUCCCAUUAACUAUCUCAACUUAAAUUGUAGCAUUUAGACUUGUACAAUGAAUUUGAAUGAAUCUUGGUUUCUAGUAAAAAAUAUAUCAUAAUAAAGUAUGUUACAUAUUGUUUAUCCGCGGUACUAUUGUAUCUACUUAGAAAUUAUCAAGAUGUACCUAUUAAGAAACGCCUUAGAUGUUGCUUAGAUGGUUAUUUUUAGAUAAAUACAUGUUAAGGUCUAUGCACUUCCUGGA